UUCAUCUCGUUGGCAGACGGGCAUCACGCUGCUGCUGCGGGGCCAGGAGACCCCCCGAGAGGAGUGUGGUGGACAACCCGCUUCGGACCACAGCGCUGCCCAGACUCAUUCUACUCCCGUGGUUUCUCCACUGUUGAGCCAGAGGGAUCGAACCACACAUUUUUUCCCUAUAUUAUCCCUGCAUUUUUGGCCCAGAUCAAGUACCACAAUGAGUGAGGAAUUAAUGAAUUUCAGCGACGUGAACCUCUUCACGGAAGAUUAUUUUCUGUCAGGUUACGCCAAUUAUACAUUUGAUUACGAGGAUGCCUUGCUGUGUUCUCAGCAGGAGGUCAGGAACUUCACCAGGCUGUUUGUGCCGGUCGCCUACUCCUUGAUCUGCGUCUUUGGGCUUGUGGGCAACGUGCUGGUGGUGGUGACCUUCGCGUUCUACAAGAAGGCCAGGUCGAUGACAGACGUCUACCUGCUGAACAUGGCCAUCGCAGACAUACUUUUCGUUCUCACUCUGCCAUUCUGGGUAGUGAAACACGCUGCCGGGACGUGGAUUUUCAGCAAUGCCACCUGCAAAGUCAUGAAGGGCAUCUACGCGGUGAACUUCAACUGCGGCAUGCUGCUGCUGGCCUGCAUCAGCAUGGACCGCUACGUGGCCAUUGUGCAGGCCACCAAAGCCUUCCGGCUCCGGUCCAGAACCCUGCCACACAGCAAGGCCAUCUGUCUGGUGGUGUGGCUGGUGUCGGUUCUAAUCUCCAGCUCCACCUUCACCUUCAGUCAGAAAUACCCCCUGCAAGGCGGAGACGUCUGUGAACCCAAGUACGACGCCGUCUCGGACCCCAUCAAGUGGAAGCUGCUGAUGUUGGGGCUUGAGCUGCUUUUUGGUUUCUUUAUCCCGUUGGUGUUCAUGAUAUUUUGCUACCUGUUCAUUGUCAAAACCUUAGUGCAGGCUCAGAAUUCUAAAAGGCACAAAGCCAUCCGCGUGAUCAUAGCUGUGGUGCUUGUGUUUUUGGCUUGUCAGAUCCCUCAUAACAUGGUCCUGCUCGUGACAGCUGCAAAUCUGGGUAGAACGAACCGAUCGUGCCACAACGAAAAACUAAUUGGCUAUGCCAGAAAUAUCACGGAGGUGCUGGCUUUCCUCCGCUGCUGCCUCAACCCCGUGCUCUAUGCGUUUAUCGGUCAGAAGUUCAGAAACUACUUUCUGAAGAUAAUGAAGGAGCUGUGGUGUGUGAGAAGAAAGUAUAAGUCCCAGGGCUUCUCUUGUUCCAGGAUGUACUCGGAAACCUUCAUUUCCAGGCAGACCAGCGAGACUGUGGAUAACGAGAAUGCUUCCUCCUUUACCAUGUGACGUGCAGGUAGACCGCUGACUGUCCCUAAAGCAUUUG